CAAGGCACGGAAUUGCAUGUAAUAGUAACGGACAGGCGACAUGUCGCGGGAGGUGGUGGGGAGAGGCCAUUACUAUCAGCUGUGUACCUUACAGUCGGCAGACCGAGGCGGAUCGCGGUAGUGGAAUGGCGGCAGACUUACAGAACAUCUUCGUUGCUAAGGCAACGUCGAUGGUAGCGCUCGGCAGUGCUGCCUUCGUCGUCACCAUGGUGCCGGUCCUCAUCGGGCGCAGGAUCUCAUCCAAGCAUCCACCGCAGAUCGAGACAAGAAACACUCGCAUGGAUUUCAUCCUCUCUCUUUUCCUGUCGUUCGGUGGAGGUGUUCUGCUGUGUACUACUUUUCUUCACCUACUCCCAGAGGUAACGAAAAACAUCGAACACCUUCAGCGCAAAGGAAAGAUCCCCGAAGACUUUCCGUUACCUUUGCCAGAGCUUAUAAUGUGCUGUGGUUUCUUCAUCAUGUACAUCGUUGAAGAAGUCGCCCACAAAAUUCUUCACUCCCAUCACGCUAAACAGGGAGGCACUCAAGACCGUGAUAUUACUUUAAAUAUUUCAUCGGCCGUUUUAGUAGAUUCUGAGGCCACGCUUUCUGAGGACUACGGACACAUCAUAAAGCAAGAUCUAAUCACAGUGACUUUUACUCCUCCACGUGAAGAAGAUACUAAAAACAUCUCGAGGGACACUAAGACGCACAGAUCAUCCUGUGUAAGUAAACGGGAGGAAGAUAUUCACAGUCAUAAACAUUGCCACAAUAGGGACCAUGAAGAGCAAAGUCGGGAUCUCCACUAUGACCAUGACCACCAACACCACGAUCACGAGACUGGAGACCAUCACACGUUGGUGACGACCUCGCCUCCGUCACUUCGAGAGCUACUUAUAGUCCUCGCCCUCACAGUCCACGAGGGGUUCGAGGGUCUCGCCAUCGGUCUUGAGAGUUCUGUAGCAGCUGUGUGGUAUCUUCUGGCUGCUGUGGCUACUCACAAAUGUGUCCUAGCGUUUUGUAUUGGCAUAGAGUUAGUAUCCGGUCACAUAUCUCUGCCAUUGUCAAUAUUCUACGCCUUCAUAUAUUCGUGUGCUUCCCCGUUCGGAAUCGGGAUGGGUUUAUUGAUGUCUACCUCAGACAACGACCACCUGACGGAGUUGCUGUCGGUGUUGCUCCAAGGUGUUGCCACCGGCACCCUCCUCUAUGUGGUGUUCUUCGAGAUCUUGAAGCGUGACAACCACGGGGAAGCUAAACUUGCCCAGCUUAUCGUCGUUAUUGCAGGAUUCGCUGGGAUGGCGGCACUCACCGUAUUACUUAAUGCUUAGGUUUGUGGCUGCAACAUCAAGUCAAAGUUCCUCUAGAUUUACCUCGUACGUGAAAGGGUCUGCAGGCCUCUCUUAUUUUAUAUUAUAGAUAUCGAGAUUUUAUAGAUUAAAGAUAAAUUAUUGAA